CAACGUGUCCGGGAAGGCAGGGCUUGGUGGCGGCCGCGGGCCGGGGCUUCUCUGUGUCCUCCGGUUCUACUCAGCCUUCCUCGGCUCCCCUCGGCUGCCCUUAGCGUCUCUCGGCCCUUUUCAGCCCUCUCAGUGAGAGGCUCCUCUCUCAGACCCCCUCUCACCCCCGUGUUCUUCCCUCAGUCCCCCUCGUCACCCCCAAACCCUGUCAUCUCUGAGCUCCCCUGAUAUUCCCUCAGCGCCCCCAUCUCCCCUGGUCUCCGCUCAGCCCCACCGCAGCCCCCGCGGAGAUGGAUGACGAACCCGAGCGGACUAAGCGCUGGGAAGGAGGCUACGAAAGAACAUGGGAAAUUCUUAAGGAAGACGAGUCCGGGUCGUUGAAAGCAACCAUCGAGGACAUUCUCUUCAAGGCAAAGAGAAAAAGACUCUAUGAACACCAUGGACAAGUUCGGCUUGGAAUGAUGCGUCACCUUUAUGUGGUUGUUGAUGGAUCAAGAACAAUGGAGGACCAAGACUUAAAACCAAACAGACUUACUUGCACUCUGAAGUUACUGGAAUAUUUUGUUGAAGAGUACUUUGACCAGAAUCCCAUUAGUCAGAUUGGCCUAAUUGUAACCAAGAGUAAAAGAGCAGAAAAAAUGACAGAACUCUCAGGUAACUCAAAAAAGCAUAUAACUGCUCUGAAGAAAGCAGUGGAUAUGAACUGCAGUGGAGAGCCUUCUCUAUAUAAUUCCCUAAAUUUGGCCAUGCAGACUUUAAAGCACAUGCCAGGACAUACAAGCAGAGAGGUUUUGGUAGUCCUCAGCAGUCUGACGACAUGUGAUCCAGCCAACAUCUAUGAUCUAAUUAAGUGUUUAAAAGCAGUAAAGAUCAGAGUAUCUGUCAUCGGCCUAAGUGCUGAAGUUCGAGUUUGUACAGUACUUGCCCGAGAAACCGGUGGAACAUACCACGUUAUUUUAGAUGAAGGUCAUUAUAAGGAACUGCUGAUGCACCAUGUUAGUCCUCCACCUGCCAGUUCAACUUCUGAGUGCUCCCUUAUUCGAAUGGGUUUUCCUCAGCAUACUAUUGCUUCUCUAACUGAUCAGGAUGCAAAGCCCUCCUUUAGCAUGGCGCAAUUGGAAAAUAACAGUGACCCGGGUCUUACACUGGGUGGAUAUUUUUGUCCUCAGUGCAGAGCCAAAUACUGUGAACUUCCUGUAGAAUGCAAAAUCUGUGGUCUUACACUAGUGUCUGCACCUCACCUGGCUCGGUCUUACCAUCACUUGUUUCCUUUAGAUGCCUUUCAGGAAAUUCCGCUGGAAGAAUACAAGGGGGAACGGUAUUGUCAAGGCUGCCAGGGAGAAAUAAAAGAUCAAAAUGUGUACAUAUGCAAAGUGUGUCAGAACACAUUUUGCGUGGAAUGUGAUCUGUUUGUUCAUGAUUCGCUGCACUGCUGUCCUGGCUGUAUUCAUGAGCACCCUGCUCCUGUAUCUGUAUGAUUUCGUGUCUUUUCAAAAAUUGCUGUAUCUUUCUCAUUCUUGCAUGAAUCUAAUUUGCUUAUUCAGCCGUUGCUUUAACUUGAUGCAUCUCUGAACAAGAAGAUGAUUACAGAGGGAUGAACAGUGGAGUAGAUGCAAAUUUUAAUGUUUUAAUGAUUUUAUUUCUGUUAAUAUAUACUUGAAUCAUCUGUAUCUGUUUUUUGUUCUUGUCUAAAGAACUAUGGCUUUUUCCCAGCUGUUAUUAUAGUAAUGUGUAUAUUUGUAAAUGUGAAAGUGAUAAAACUGGUCUUUAUGAUAAUGUGAUGUUUCAUCUUGGUUUCAUUAAGAAAAUUGUUCAAAAAGAAGCCCUGAAAAUACAUUUUACACAUCUGUUAUUACAAACUUCUGGUUUUGGUGGAUGGUGGAUUUCUGUUGAUCAAAAUAUUCUUUUGUAAGAAUUUAAAAUUUUUUUUGAGCAAUUAGUUGGUAGACAACAUAUAUUAAUUUCAAGUAUUAUGAGUAUUCACCUUGGUGUUCGGUAAGGCAGCUCAAAUACAGCUGUUAUAAAUGUGCUGAAAACACAUUUUAGGUUUUAAUGGUGCAACUCAAAGCUAACUGAAUUCUAUUACUCCUGUGUCUGCAGCUGUCUGGUUUAAAUUUCAAUUUCUUGUAUGAUUGCUGGAAGGCAAGGAACUUGGGAAAAGACUAGAGUUAAUACAAUAUUUAUAUUAAUACAUAUUGUCUGAUGGACUCAUUAUUGAAGAUGAAAAGAUCUGCUGUUUGGUUCUGAGGCUACACUGAGAUGACAGAACUGCUAAUCAUCUUCUCUCCUUGGCUGAACCUUAGAGCAACAGACAGUAAAGUGGGUGCAGGAGGGGAAGCGUCCAUCCUUACCUGAGCUUUGAAGAAUAGAAAUUGAGAUGAAUGGAAGACACCAUUUUGCAGUAUCUGUUCAAAGUGUGUUUGCAGCUUGAACCUUUGAGAAUUGUAAUGUGCUACGCCUCAGCAAAAGGUUACAGGUGUAGUGUCUGAAGUAAUACAUCACAAUGGAUUUUCUAGAGUCACCUUGUGAUGAUUGUAAAUACAUCAGUGAUUCAUUUGCUAUGGGUGUAUAGGACUUAAUUUUUGAGCUUUGUUUUCUGUCAGAUUAGAAAUGGCAAUAUAACAGCUGAAUCUUAACACAGAAACAAGCAAAGAACCCAGCCUCCUCCUCAUACGUUAGUUCAAUUCUUCAUGCUCACCACAUAUAAACAAUACAUGCUACUUUUCAGUUCUUACAGGCAGCUUUCAUUCAAUUGUUAGUAGAGUUCUUUCUAUGCUUUUUCUACUGAUAGUGCCUGCAUGCUGGAUGGAGUGCAGUCAUUCUCUUGUGUUGUCAGAAAAAUUACUGUUGAGCAUCAGUAUCUGGUUUUGUGCUGAGUCAAACAAUCCCUAUAAAUCCUUUGUGCUGCAGGUUCUAUUACUAAAAGCUAGCAGAAAAGACAUGGAGUGUUUGUUCUGGUCUAGCAGGCCAUUCCAAACCAAACUAAUGCUCUGGGCAUCUGGGUCUUAGAUAUUCUGGUGCUGGUGACAGCCUCUUGAGACAGUGUUUUCUGGUAAUAUUUUCAUAUUUGCAGUAAGUACUUUCUAAUAGAAAUAAAAAGGGGUUGUCUGAACACUUCAAAUCCUCCUUCUCUUACUAGAUACCAAAAUAACAUACUUCUACCCAGCUUCUGUUUCUGAAAGUAGAAAGUGUAGAAGUUGCAGCCAUAUGCCCAAUUAUCAGCUUGUGGUCACAGCAAUAAUUUGGUUUGUACUUUCCUACCCUUUCAUCGGUAGAACAGUUCAAAUUAGCUUCUAAAAAGUCAUUACUAGGGCAAUAUUCCUCUGGUGUAUUAAGACUUUCAUCUGUGUCCUGUGUAUUUAAAGCAGCAUGGAGGAAAUCUUUCCUCCACCUGUUCUCUUUGACUGGGAUUCACUGGCUCUCAAGUCUCCCUUGCUUGUAGGAAGCUCCAAGCUUUUUAAUUCUUGUUUAUUUCCUUAUUUACUGCAUCUGCCAUAAGAUCAGUCAAUCAAUGAAGUUAUUAGGAAGCCUGUGAGAAAUUCUUGUAGGUUUUGAAGAUGUUGCAUAAAAGGUUUCAGACUUGCUGAAGGAAGAGACACAAAAAGACCAAAGUACCCUAUGGUGCGAUUGUGCAGCUGUGGCAAGAAGUUUGUGACUAGAGAGUGCUGCCAUGUCGAAGGGAGAGGAUUUCAAAAAGGCAAGAGCCCUCACUUUCCUUCCAGUUUACAUUUUCUUUGUAGGAAUAAAAGUUUCUAUCUGUGAUAACACUUAUAGCUAAUUUCCUUAUCUUGACCCACAAGUCUUCCAUUGUGUUUCCUCUCCCCUGUGAAGCUAAGGUGGGUAGAGCAGCUUUGGUGUGCACCUCUUGUCCAGCCAGGGUCAACCCACCCCAGUAAUUUUUUAAAAUAUAGUAGGACUAGGAGACUUUUAUAACAAUCACAGCCUUUUUUGGAUUGGGAUUUGAGUGAGAGAGGAAUGUUGCUUAUAUAGGCAGUGAAAAAAAUUAAAACCAACAGAUUGGAGAUCCUGGACUUAGAAUCACUUUCUUAAGAAUGAACUUGUUUGGUAAAUGUCAUAAAUCUUUAAGAUGCCUCAAUUACUUGAGAAAACAAAGCUCUUUAGACUUAUAGGGAGCAGAAUUUGUAUACAUAUAGCUGACCCACAGACAUGUCUGCUACAUUCUGAACCAUCACAAAGUACUUUCUAUCAUUGUCUUACCGCAAUACUAAUAACAACAUGACAAAAUUGUAUGUUUUGCCACCUUUUUUUUUUUUUUCCCCCUUAAUCUAAGCAGAAAUUCAGAAUCCGCUAUCAACAUUUAGUAAUGGCUUUGAGAUGGAAGAAUUAAGAUUGAGAGGUUCACUGAGGCCACUCUAGGUUUUUAAGCUACAGGAUGAAAUUCUUUGAAUGUGCUAAUUCCCUGUGUCAUCUUGCUCAAAUCUCAUUUCCUUCUUUCCCUCCAUUUUGGUUGUAACACCUUCUGAAUACUUGCUAUUAUAAUUGUAAAGGCACAGAAAUUUCAAUUUGGCAUGUCAGAUUUAAUAAUAGUCCUGUUUAUACCAUCUCUGCAGUUACCUUAUCUCUUCUGAGUAGGCUAAAAUCAACUUUUUAUAACCUGUAGAAACCAUGUUAUUAUGGAAAGAGAAGUGAUGAUGAAUGUUAUCUAAAAGAUGUGCAUAAUAUAAUUUAGUAGUCUUGUUUUUUCAAAAAAAUGUGAAAAAGGAUCCUGUAGCAGAGACAAAUAACAAUUAAAUACAUGAGCUGAAUCUUUUUGCUUUG